UCCCCCAGUCGGCACAUGUAAAUUUUGUCACCAGCAAGCGUCCGCGCGUCAUCGUUUUUGUUAGAUUUUGUUAGUAAUUGCAAUUAAAGUAGGCCUUCUUAAAUUUAUUAUCCCAACUAAGCGUCGCCGGCCUAUGGAAGACAAUAUGGAGAACAAAGAGGGAGUGCGAGUGACCCGCGCGCGUACACGCCGCUUGUCUGUCCUGGACCCUGACAGUCGCCCCGGAACACCGUUGCUGGACACGGCAUCCGAUCGUGGCACGGCCUCGCCUCGCCCCACACGCAGAACACGAUUGAAUUCCGCCACAGAAGGGCCUACUCCCACCCGAACCACGCGUGCUUCGCUGGCACGCGGUGAAACUCCGGAGCCGAUCACUCCGGCGUCUGUUAAGAGAACGGCUCGCACCCCAGCCAAGGCGACUCGAUCUGUGCGCAAGCAGUUGACCUUAAAAGAGGAACUUGAGCCAGAAGAUGAAAAACAGACUCGAUCCAAAACCUCGAGCCCCGCACUGGCGCAGUCUUCGCCAACAGACGAGAAACGCGUCACGCGUUCCAUGUCGCAGACCCCUCCAGCUGCCUACCGUUCAGCCAAUAACACACCACAGCCGGUUUUGGAUGAGAAACUGCAAUCCGAUCCGAGCCUUUCCGUCGAACAACAGCCAAGUGGGGCGAAAGCAGUUCUUGAUUUCGAAAAUGUGUCGCCAACAGACAACAAAAAUAAACAUUUGAUCCGCGGCCGAUCAAAGUUUCCAAUUAGGGUCGAGAAUCUUUCGACGCCGGCUGUAGCUGCCGCUGGAAAAGAUAAGGAUGUAUCAUGGGUGUCGGAAACUCUCGCGAAAUCGCUAGAGUUGGAGUCUACAGAAAGCGUUUCGGAGGAUAUGAAGCAGGGGACCAGCGGCUCUCCACAGAAAAUGGAAGCACAGGUUGAGUUACUUGAAGAAGAAAUGUCCAAGGCAGAAACCAAGCAAGCUGCCGAGGAAGUGGAAGCGAAGAGACGUUCCACAAUAGAUUUAUUGGAGGAAGUGGACAAAGACAUAGAAACAUUCGAAAUCCCAGAUGAGCAGCUGAACAGCGGAGGGGCAGACAAAGAGCAAAACGCUGAGGUCGAGAUUGAGGCGGCUUCCAAAUCGAUUACUUCAGACGAAGUUUUUGAAUCUCCAGCCUCACCAGAUCCAGAGCCAGAAAAUACCACCACGUUGCCCAUGGAAUCUCCAGCCUCACCAGAUCCAGAACCACAAAACAGCAGCACCUCAGCCCUCAAGAUGUUGGCAAUGGAGGAUGAGCCACGAGAUGAAAUGCAGCCUCCCGACUCGGAGCCACAAGAUGAAAUGCAGCUGCCCGAUUUGGAGCCAAUUGAAAAUAACAACAAUUCGACUUUCAAGGACAUGGCCAUGGAAGUGGACGAAGACCUUGAAAUUCCAGAUAAAGAUAAAGAUUUGCCACAUAAAUCUCUGGACUCCUCUGAAGUACUUGAAAUGAUGGCUGAGGACGAAGAGGAGAAGCCCCAGUGGAAUCGUCCAAGCAUCGGAAUGAAGAUCAUCGACAACGUUCAGCUGCCAGAUCUGACCCCUGACAUCAAGUCGCGCAUAGUGACAUCGGGCAGCGUGGAUUCCAAAAAGUCUGUAGCCUUCUAUAGCGACUCGGCAGACGCUGAUGACGAAAAGGUUCAGUUCCCGAAGACUCCGGCCCGUAACAAGAACCCAUCUUCUUUCUUGUUGGAGAAAUCGUUAAUGAGGGCCCAUAAGCUUCUGAAGACAGAUACUCCUCUGAAGACGGAGACCCCUUUGAAGAAAGAUACUCCUCUGAAGACGGAGACCCCUUUGAAGGCAGAUACCCCUUUGAUGAAAGAUAAUUCUCUGAAGACGGAUACCCCUUUGAAGAAAGGUACUCCUCUGAAGAUGGAGACCCCUCUGAAGAAAGAUACUCCUCUGAAGACGGAGACCCCUCUGAAGAAAGAUACUCCUCUGAAGACGGAUACCCCUUUGAUGAAAGAUACACCUUUAAAGACAGAUACUCCUCUGAAGACGGAGACCCCUCUGAAGAAAGAUACUCCUCUGAAGACGGACACCCCUUUGAUGAAAGAUACUUCUCUGAAGAUGGAUACCCCUUUGCAGACAGGUACUCGUCGGAAGAUGGAGACCCCUCUGAAGAAAGAUACUCCUCUGAAGACGGAGACCCCUCUGAAGGUGGCCUCUUUAAAGGCACGCAACAGCUCCACACCCUUACAGAGCGACGACCGAGAGGCGUCCAUUAGCCUGUUGAAGCCGGCCCCGGCUCGCAUUGAUUGCCUUAAGCCUUGGGCCCAGGUGGAGGCCGAAAACAGAGAGAAAGAUUUAAAGGAGGCUGCCAAGGCCAAGCCCCAGCCCACGCCCUCCAAGAAGGUUUCAAGCGGACUCCGCCUGAACAGCGACAAUGAGGAUGAGGAUGAUGAGGAAGAGGAAGAAUUCUUGUGCGAAUUCGUCGAAAACGAGGCGGAGGAAGCACCUGCUGAUUACAAGUCGGGUGACUCGAUGGACAGCUCGGAGCAACGCGAGAUCGAGGAAAAUGAGAUUGUCGACGAAGGCGAAUCCGUGGGCAGCCAAGACACCGAUGGGUCCUACGAGGACGAGUCCAUUGGCAAUGAAUCCUUUAUUGUGUCGGAUACUUCUGACGUUGGAGAGCUACGUUACUCCUCCAAUGAGCUGGAGGCUGAGUCUCUCGAAGAGAUGUCUCCGAAGGGCAAGAAACACCGUGCCCGCAUCAUAGUUAUGGAUUCCAGCGAUGAAGAGGAGCAGGCAGAGAACAAGCAGGAGGAAGAAAAGGAGAACGGAGAAAAUCAGCAGCGUCAGGAAGAUGAAGAGGAGAACCACUCGGAGAGGCCAACAAAUCAGAGCAACUGCUCUUCCAAUGCCAGCAAACUGAGCGAAGCCGCACAGAUCUUAAUUGGCAGCCAGGAGCAUUAUUCGACCUCUGAAACAGAGCUCGAGAACUCGCGCAAACUCUUCCUUAACGAGAUCAACAAGUCGGAGUGCUUGAACAAGACAGCUCCACGCCUGGACAUGACUAUCAUGGAUGUGGACUCUGAAUCUGACCACAAAGAUGAUCCACAAACAGCGGCAACCAACAAGAGUAUCUAUGAAGUAUUAGACUCCGACGAAGACGAUGGGGAAGAGCAAAACGAUAAUGGUAAAGAUAACGAUGCCGAGAACGGGGACGAAGACGAAGAUGAAGAGCCUUCUUCAAGCAACAAAUCCUCAUCCAUUGUACACCAGAAGCAAAAGGUCAACGACGAAGAAGCCGUCUUGGCCGAACUGGCCUCCAGCGACCUGACGCAUCUCAAAACUAUGUUCAAUCCGCUCCAGAAGUCGCGCCGUCAAUCGCUGUACAUGCCCAGCCCCGAGAUGGCCGCCAAGGAGCCCAAGCUGCAGCUACGCAGUGAGCGAGACUUCUGUCCCUCUCAGUCCUUUGUCGAAAUGAUGGCCGAGCGUAAGGUGCAUCAGGCAAAGCGCAAGCGCCUGUCCAAGAGUUUCUCAGGCGCGGCCGAUGAACUGGAGGACAUGGAAGUUCGUCAAGAGCACAAACGGGCCAAAAACGAGCACGAUGAGUCAUUGGGAUCAAUGGAAGAGGAUAUGCCUCCCACAGAGUCGCCUGACAUACCGAAAGAGGAGUCCCCUAAGAAGCAGGAAGAACAGUCGGAGGGGCUGCAACAGCCCAAAGAUCAAGAGAUGGAUGAGGAGAUGCCAUCGACAAAGGACACACCAAAAGAGGACCCAGAACCGGAUCCAUCGAAGAAGGAAGCAGAGAACACUCCGACUUUUGGAAAGUGGUCGAAGAAUACUGACCACUACUUGGACGUUUGCGCCUCCAUCCUACAGAGAGCCAACGAGGCCAAGCUGGAGCAAAAGAAACUGCAUGUUGCAGCGGGCAGGAAACAUAACAAACCAAAACCAACUGUUUCGGAGGCUGUGUUUAAAUCGGUCGACUCGACUGACACAGACAUUCGUGAGGCCACCAAAGCUCUGCCGCUCAAGAAGGAAUUGAAGCGUCUGCAGGCAGCCCGUAACGCCGUCAGUCACGCCGUUAACUUGUUGGCGCCGCAGCCAGUGGCCAUCAAAGAGCCGCGUUCGUUGCUCCGCAAAUUGUCACCGCAGCCGCCGAUGGAAGCUAAAAAACCGGCAAAGGGGACUAAGAAGCAGAAGAAGGCUUUGCUGAAGACACAGCUGGUGUCGCCAGUAAAAAGCUCCGAUGAGGAGAACCACAACAAGUCGGCAGUCGUCAACCGCAUCAAAACCAAUGCUGGCUACGUGACUGUUACCAUGGACGAUGCUCCAGAGCCGCUCAUCGAGCUGGUUAAGACACGCUCGGGCAUUAUGCGCGUGGAGCCAGCCACGCCCAAGCAGAAGUAUUUCCGCGAGGAGCCAGAUUCGCCGCCAAACCGAAAAUUCCGCGUGCAGCGCGUCCCGGCCGGCUCUCACAAGAAGUCCAAGCAGCAGCAGCAGCCGCCGAAAGAAGGCGGAAAGGUCGCCACGCACAAUCCCGCCAUGCUGUCGGCAUUGCGCUUCAAGGAGCAGGUGUUUGCUCGCAAAUAGACGGAUCAUCCUAUAUCAUUCACAUUAGCUAUAAACAUAGACACCAGUAUAUAAGUGGAAUGCAGCAGGGCGUGAAGGAAAAUGAUAUUUUUGCAGGGUACAUUUUUUGUUUUCUUUACUAUUUUUUUUUUUCGUUUUAUUUUGAAUUUAUCUGUGCUUUGUUUAAUUGAUGGAAUCAAUUUUUGUUUUUGCAUCUUUCUUGCGGAUGUACGUACCUCCGCCCGCGUGCACGUUGCCAUUUAAAAAGUUGUAUUAAUUUUUCCACCUACCACAUACCUUUAAGAAAUAUACGCCUGUUACACAAUACAA